CAUGGCUACCAUAAUGACCAAGUGAUGUGACAAUCGAUGGUGCUCCAAUUUUUAAAUAAAUGUUAUACAAAAAAUCUAAAUGUUAAUAAUCAAUUAAUAGUGUUAACUGUAAUUGUUUGAGUGAGGAUAUGAGUUUUUCGGUUAAAAAAACUGGUGGGCGAAUGUGGCACGAGGCCAGGAAGCAGGAAAAAAAAAUUCGAGGAAUGCUGGUCGAUUAUCGUCGACGAGCUGAACGUCGACGAGAUUAUUAUGAAAAAAUUAAAUCUGAUCCAACGCAAUUUCUUCAACUUCAUGGACGUCCCUGCAAAAUUCACUUGGAUGCGGCUAUUGCAGCAGCCGGGGAUAGCCCAGCAAACAUGAUGCCCUGGCAGGGUCACGAUGACAACCUGAUCGACAGAUUCGACGUUCGUGCCCAUCUGGACUGGAUACCCGACCCCACCAACACCAUCGACAUGGACGUAGCCCUCACCAGUGAGGACAGACACAUAAACUACGAGCGCUACCGUAUAAUCGUUCAAAAUGAAUUUCUAGGUGUAACUGAGGAGAAAUUUCUCCACCAGAUUCACCUGGAGGAGCAGUUUGGCUCCUCCACAAAGCCCGACUCCAUCAAGGACAAGAAAAAAUCAAGUAACAAUGCAGCAAUUGGCUACAACUACGAGACAGACGAGCCAAUUCCCGAUACAAUUCGUCCUGAAUCAAAUUCCAUAGAAGAAAAACCCGAAGAUGAGGACAGUGACAUUGACCUUGACAUCUGCGUUGAUGUAUCACAGAUCGAGCCCUCCCAGGCCCAUGAAAUGAAUCAGGUGGCCCAGAAAUACGGUCUCAUGGGAGCUGACUACUUCAGUUUUCUUACCCAGGAUUUCGAGGAAGCUGAGACCCUCAGACAGGCCAGGAAGCAGGAAGAGGAGAAGGCGAUGUAUUCUGGGAGGAGAUCCCGAAGAGAACGUCGUGCCUUUCGUGAGAAGAAGAUGAUUGGAAGAGUGAUGAGUCCACCAAGUUAUGCAGCACGAGAGAGUCCAGAGUACAAUCCCUACAGAAAAUCAUCCUCAAAGUCACGAUCUAGAUCAAUUUCUCCAGUAAAUGCUGGACAAAUAACCUACAUCACGAGCUUCGGUGGUGAGGAAGAGGGUCAGGGAAGUUGUUCCCAAGUGACAACAUCAACAACCAAGAAAGUAAAUUAUUCCCACGUGAGAAGAAAAAGAUCGGAGAGCCCAAUAACUGAACGAACGAGGCGGAUUCAGUCCAGUAGAUCCAGAUCUAGAAGCCGAUCCCGUAAUCGAUCGAGAUCGUACAGAUCUAGGGACCGAAGACGAAGUGUCUCCAGAUCCCGUAGGAGAAGGGGAUCGUGGAGAUACAGAUCGAGAACGAGAAGUAGAUCGAGGAGAAAUAGAUCCAGACACAGGAGGAGUAACAGCAGAUCAAGAUCGUCAUCAUCAUCGAGAUCGAGGGGAAGACGAUCGAGAAGCUCAUCCUCCAGUAUCAGAUCAAAGUCUAGGAGUAGAUCGAGGAGCCGAUCUCCUGGAGAACGAAGAACAGUGAGAUAUUCCAAGAGUAAGAGCCGAUCGAGAUCCAGGAGUAAGAGCUUGAUGAGAUCAAGAUCGAGAUCGAAAAGUAAGACGAGGGGAAGUGUUACCAGGAGAUCACGAAGCCCUGAGAAUAAGUCUUCGACAUUGCCCAGGUACUAUGGCCGACGUGGGAAAUCUUCCAGUCUAGAGCUUGAAUUGUCUGAUAAUGAGGACAAGAGUUUGCAUGAUGCACCAAAACCCCCAAUUAUUAGUACAAACGUGAACAAGCCAAAAGCAGGGCUAAGUACAAAUUCUGGUGCCGGACACAAAUCGGUGAAAAUUACACCUCAGGAGCGGCUUAAGAAGAAGAUGCAAGCCCUGUUAAAUCGUCAAUAUAAAGCUGAUAAAAAGGCAGAACAGGCCAGGAUUGAGAAGAUGGAGCAGCAGAGACAAGAUCGAGAGGAUGAAAUUCGAGAAAUGUCUUUAAAGCUACGAAGAAAACAACGCGAACGAAGGCACAGAUACGAAGGUCACAGUUCAGACACUCGUUCCUCGUUAUCAAGAUCCCCAAGUCCUGCCCGAACCCCUCCACGUAGACGAGAAAGACGUGAUCGUGAUUCGCGUAUCGAUGGUGAUAAUGAUCGAGACAGAACGAGAGAUCGAGAAAAAGACAGGGAGAGAGAGCGCGAUAGAGACAGAGACAGAGAGAGGGAUAAAGAGCGAGAUCGUUACGACGAUCGGGAUAAGGGUAGAUUGGACACCAGAAGACGACACCGUGACACCUCUCCACGAUCACUGAGUCCUCGAAGUAAUAACAGGGGAUUAGUCGACUAUUGAAAAAAAACCUUAUUACAUCCGAGGAAUGGCAAUGAAUCAAUUCGAUCAAUCGAUCUCUCCCUCAAAUUGAACUUUCAUCUUCCGAAAAUUGUUGCUAGAUCAGUAAGAAAUUUUUUUCAACCCCGAAAACUCAAUUUAUUGUAGAGUAUUCGGGAUCUAGAUAGAUGUUGGAUUUUUUUUCACAAUAAAAACAUAUACCAGAGCAUCA